AUUUCAACGAAAUUGAACAGAAUAAUUAUGGCUUGCUGGCAACUUUUCAUUGCACUUCUGUUGAAUUUGGGAUUGACUUUAAGUUUGUCGCCAAUAACAUAUAUUUCUGAAGCUGAAACUGUCUUUGGGAAAGCAAUUGAACAAUUAUCAUACCAAGUACCAUUUCCAUUUAGGUGUGACUGCAAAGGCAUGGGAUGUGAUUGUAAUGGAAAUCUCACAAUCCCUUUUGUUGGAUGGUCAGAAAACAUUCAUUUGAAUCUUACAUACUUUGGAAGUAACACAGAGUUACUUCUUUUUGUGGAAAUUGCCGGUAUAAAAUUAUUCAACAACUCCAUAUCUUUGAGAAAUCCGCCCCAGAUCUGCCUUUCUUCUCCCGUUCCACCAGGGUUUGGCCUACUUUUUGAUUUCUGCAUCGGCCUCUUCGAUAUUCAAUCUCACCUGGAAAGCAUUCACGCUUGUUUGAAAGUUUCGCCGAGGAUAUUAAAAUUCCAUGUCUUUCAUUUGAAUAUUGGUUGUAUAAAUAUUCAACCGCAACUCGACGUGGGAUUUGGUGAUACGAAAUAUCCUACUGAUUAAGUAUAAUGACGUAAUUUUAUUUUUUAA